AUGGGUUUUUCUGUUAAAACAAAUGAAACUCUGGCAGAAUCGUCUGCAUACAGAAAUGAAAUUUACCCAAUUAGUUUUUCAGAGACAAGAAUUGAAGAAUCAGAUACAGAUUAUGUCAGGUUCCAAAGUAUGGAGUACUUUUGUUUCACCUAUCCAAUGAAAGUACACAGAUCCAAGUUUCUUUUCAAAAACAACAAGAAUGUACAAUUACAUUUAGACAGAGUUUGGUUUUCAUAUGGUGAGACAUAUGUGAUCUAUUCCAUUUUUGGAGACGUUCUUAGUAGCUCUCUUGACAAUCUCCCAAAAUUCAAUACUGACAACAACUCAGAAUUUAGUAAUCUGAAACUACAUUCUCACCCAUGCAGAAGCAAAAUCAUCCAAAUGUUAUUCAAUAAGGACCAAGGCCUCUAUGCCAACUUGGUGGAAAACAAUUUUAUUUCAAGCCAGAAAGAUUAUAAAACUGUUUCAUUGUUGGAAUAUGAAGCAGAAAGAGUUAAGUUGUAUCAUAUCAAUUAUAACCAUAAAACAAGAGGUGCCGAGAUGUCAGCAGCCGAAAUUGAGCAAAUUUAUGAUGAAGCAAGGCAAGGCAGAAUAACUCUUUGCACAGCAGAUGAAAAUGAUGAAUCUGUACCGUAUUACUCUGAAUCUGAUGAUGGAUCUGAUGAUGAAAAUGAUAAUUACAACACAAGUUCGUUAAAUUAA